AUGCCCUGGUUUUUGAGCCGUGACGUGGCUAAUGACUUAGAGGCAAUUCCCAUUCGGGUUAGAAAACCGGCUGACUCUACCACUUUACCCGAAGAUUUCCGGUAUAUAAACAAGAUGAUAAUUGGAAAAAAUUUCAUUAAGCUAGAGGACUAUAUUGGGUGCAAUUGCCGACCAAAGUGUGUAGCCAACAGUUGUCCUUGCAUUCAGCUUAAUGGCUCCUUACCAUAUAAGCUUGGCAGACUAUCUGGCCAUAAAGACAUAGCGUUUGAAUGUAGUAAAAGAUGUAGCUGUGAACCUAAUUGUGUCCUACGGAGUUCUCAAAAUCAGUUGAAAUACUCACUUGAGCUUUAUCAUACAGUAGACAAGGGAUGGGCUGUUAGGACACUGUCAACUAUACCCAUUGGUGAAUCAUUGUGCGAAUAUCUAGGAUUGCUUAGAAGGAUAGAAGAUCUAGAUGAUGGUGCAACAGAGACGAAUUUUUACCUAUAUGACAUUGACUGCCUCCAACAAUUGAAGGAAAGAGGGACGACAUCAAAUGCUAUACCAGGACUUGAGUCGGUGAAGAUGGAUCAGUGUGUCACACACAGGCACCCUGAUAUCACUAAAGCCAUGCAACAAGCUCGGGUCAUACUUUUUGCAAAAAGGAAGAUAGAGAGUUUAGAGGAGCUUACUCUUUUUUACGGCUAUCCAAUUGAUAGUCUCAAGGACGAAGAGGGCAAAGUCAUUAAGAAGGACUGCUAUUGUGGUACACCAAGUUGCAGGAAACGCUUAAUUUAG